ACCAGGCUGCCUCUUUGCCAUGUCCAUGGAAAUGCAAACUAGAUUCUGUGAUGUGAUAAAUGCAUUUGAUGGCUCACUGUAGUUCACUGUUUUGAUUUUAUACGAAGUGCACUCGGUUUCAUUUUUUAUUAAGUUUCAUUUCUACUGAAAUGAGUCAUUGAACCAGAAGAAAAGAGUUGAUGCUGUUGUGCAGAUCUGAAACAGCAGACAUUGUUACAUCAGGAAAGCAGCAGUGGUACAGUCAAACUCCAAGAGGAAAAGGAUCUUCUUGAGACAGCAUUUAGUGAAGUCAAGAUUGUAUGAGAACAAACGUGAAAUGGAGGAUUGCCAGAUUUGUAGGACAAGAUUCUGAACACCAUAUUGUUAAGCAAGAUGUCCAAACAUGAAAGGAAAAAUGUCCUGCCUCCAUUGAACAAUAAACAUGGACAGAAAGCAGCAAGUGCCUUGUCCAGCCAAUAUGAAGAGAAGAUCCGCCCAUGUAUCGACCUCAUUGAUUCUCUGAGAGCCCUUGGAGUGGAAAAGGACCUGGCAUUGCCAGCAAUUGCUGUGAUUGGAGACCAGAGCGCUGGGAAAAGCUCAGUACUGGAAGCAUUGUCUGGAGUCGCUCUUCCUAGGGGCAGCGGUAUUGUUACCAGAUGUCCCUUAGAGCUCAAGCUGAAGAAAAUGCAGGACAGAACAGAAUGGAAAGGAAAAAUAGUGUAUUUGAACACAGAGCAAGACCUGACCAGCCCAUCGCAAGUGGAAGAUGCAAUAAAAAGAGCCCAGAAUGCAAUGGCUGGUGAAGGAGUGGGCAUUAGCCAUGACUUAAUUAGCCUCGAAAUAAGCUCCCCAGAUGUUCCAGACUUGACUCUGAUUGAUCUGCCAGGGAUUGCUAGAGUGGCUGUGGGGAAUCAGCCACCAGACAUUGGAAAACAGAUCAUAACCUUGAUUAAAAAGUAUAUUAACAAACAACAAACCAUCAAUUUGGUAGUGGUGCCAAGUAAUGUAGAUAUUGCAACUACAGAGGCCCUGAAAAUGGCUCAAGAGGUCGACCCUCAAGGAGAAAGAACACUUGGCAUCCUGACCAAGCCUGACUUGGUUGACAGGGGAACUGAGACAGAGGUUGUUGACAUUGUCCGAAAUCAAAGAGUUUCCCUGACGAAAGGAUAUAUGAUUGUUAAAUGCCGUGGGCAGUGUGACAUCAAUGAUAAAGUGAGCUUGGCAAAUGCAAUCCAGAAAGAGAGAGAAUUUUUUGAAGGUCACGACCAUUUCAGAUCUCUUCUGGAAGAAGGCAGAGCUACUAUUCCACUUGUGGCAGAGAGACUUACCCAGGAGCUGAUAGAACAUAUCAGUAAAUCACUACCAACUUUAGAACAACAAAUAAAGCAAAAGCUUGAGAAAGCAAAUGUUGAGCUACAGAAAUGUGGCCAAGAUGUGCCCACAGCUUCGGAAGAACAGAUGGUUUUCCUUGUACAAAAAAUCAAACAAUUCAAUCAGGAGCUCUUAAAUAUAGCAGAAGGAGAAGAAGUUUUGAUAGAUAAGAAAAAACCAAGAUUGUUCACACAAGUGCGACAAUGUUUUAAUAAUUGGCAAGAGGAGAUUAAUGAUAAUGCACUAAAUGUAAGAGAUAUUAUGAAGGAAGAAGUUCAGAGCUUUGAAAAUAAAUUUCGUGGUAAAGAACUUCCAGGAUUUAUCAAUUACAAGACUUUUGAGGCUAUUGUAAAACAGCACAUUAUUAAGCUAAAAUCGCCAGCUCUUGAGCUAUUGAAGGAUAUAGCAGAACUUGUGCGGGAAAACUUUACCCAAGUGGCCUACCAACACUUCCAUUGUUUUUACUAUCUUCUUAGAGCUACUCAGAACAAUAUUGAAGAUAUAAAGCUGAAGCAAGAGGAGGAAGCAGAAUAUAUGAUCAACACUCAAUUUAAACUGGAACAUGUGGUAUACUGCCAGGAUAACAUUUAUAGUACAGAUUUAAACAAUGUUAGAGAGAAAGCCAAGGAAUCCAGACCAUAUGUGGCAGCUCUCCAAAGUCCAGGGACUGCUCUUGGAAAGCAUUGCUCCAUGAAGGAAAUGGCUUACCACUUAGAUGCCUACUUCAGAAGUACAGGAAACCGCCUUGGUACCCAGAUUCCUCUGAUCAUUCAAAUGUAUGUUCUCAAAGAUUAUGCCGAGAAGUUACAGAAUGCAAUGCUACAGCUCUUGCAGGAUAAAGAUCAGUUUGGCGUUCUUCUUCAGGAGAGAAAAGAUGCUGCCAAUAUGAGGAACACUAUUAAGGAAAGAAUCAAGCGUCUCAGCAUGGCUCGACGGCGCUUAGCAAAGUUCCCUAUUUAAACAAGGAGGAUUUGAAUGAAAAUAGAAAGGAAUUCUUUCUCCUCCUGCAGCAGAUAUCAGAGGUCUCUGCUUAGUGCUUAAAUAAAUGAGUCAUGUUCUAGAAUGUCCUAAUCAACCAGUAAAAAUAAUUUAAACAUAUUAAUAUAACCAACAUUAGACUUGAAGAAAACCAUAUUUAUGAGUAGCAAAGAGGGAGUGGUCCAAAGGAAUAUGCAUUCAUGUACUACUUGCAUGUGUUCAAAGUGUUUCAUAAAUGUAAAAGAAAUUAUUAUUAUUAUUAUUAUUUAACUGCCAGCCAAUUGUACUUUUCUCCUAUUUAAGUCACACAAUGAGUUGGUCUGGACAUUCUGCCCCCCCAUGUGAUUAUAUGGCAGUGGGAUAGCAGGAUGUGUGCAUAAGGUGCUCCCCACAGGGCCAAAUUAUGACAUGCUGAGGCCCUAAGCCAGAGGUUGGCAAACAUUUGGGCUGGAAGGCCACAUACUUGAAAUAAUUUGAAUGGUGGGCCACCUCCACCUCCUCCUGUUGUCUGCCAGCUUCUCCUCUUCCCGUUGCUGAUGUCUGGCAACAGCGAUAGUCGCCACCACCCACCUUCUGCUGUGGUCUGGCAGCAGCAAUAGCUGCCUCCACUGUCACUGUCAACCUCCUCUCCUUUUGCCGCCACCAUGGCCUUUAGCCUGUGUGUCUGUUUCUGCCACAGCCAGCUAGGGCUGCUGUGAUGCAUCGUAAUGACAACACCCUGCUGGUGGCAUUGUUACAGUGUGCUGCAGCAGCCAUGCAGGCCAAAGGCCAUGGCAACAGCAAAAGAGGGGAGGAUGUGACAGCGGACAGCAGUGAGGCAACAGGGGCCGGAUGACAGCAAGGCUACAUGGGUCAGAGGACCUGAGGGCCUCCUCUCACCCACAGGUUGUAGUUUGCCCACCUGUGCCCUAAGCUUUGUCAAGCAGCUGAGCUGUGGGCAGCAGUCAGUAAGGUACAGUGUGUCGUCAAGUGAAUUUCGACUCCUGGCACCCACAGAGCCCUGUGGUUUUCUUUGGUAGAAUACAGGAGGGGUUUACCAUUGCCUCCUCCCACGCAGUAUGAGAUGAUGCCUUUCAGCAUCUUCCUAUAUCGCUGCUGCCCAGUAUAGUACCAGCGGGGAUUCGAACCGGCAACCUUCUGCUUGUUAGGGCACAAAUUCAAAAGACUGGGAGAUUUAGGAGCUCACCAGGAGUAAAGCCAGGCAGGCAGUGGGAGCCAGGAGGGUUAGACUGAAGCCAGCAGUCAGGAACAUACCUAGGAUCAGAGCUAAGUAGUCACCAGGAGCCAGAAGGCCAGACAGGAGACAGGAACUAAGAACAAGCCAAGAAUCAAGCCAAACAUGUAAUCAGUAGCCUGAGGAUUGGGCAGGUAAUCAGGAGUUCAAAAACACACAAGGGUCAAACUAAUCAGACAGGAGAAAUAACAACUGCAUCAGAUCAAGAGAAGCUUGAUACUGAGGCAAGAGCAGCUUCAGACAGGAAAGGAAAAGGAAAAAUCAUGCCAUUGAGUCCGUGUCGACUCCUGGCGACCACAGAGCCAUAUGGUUUAAGGAGUUUCCUAUAUUUUGGGAAACACACCAGCGGGGAUUCAAACUAGCAACCUCUUGCUCCCUAGUCAAGUCACUUCCCUGCUACAUCAUUAGGUGGCAGCCUCUUAUUCUUCCUGUCUGCAGGCAAGCCAGGAACAAGCUUCACAGGGUGUGGCCAGCAGAGGGUUUGGAAAGCUCCAGAGCUGCUGCAGUGUAGCAGGUCACCCUUAGGGGCAGCAUGGAGCAGAGUCCAUUCCACAGGGGACCUCUGACAGAUUUUAAAGGGCCCAUAGCACUACAAAAUGGGUUGGAAGUCCCACCCUAGUGUGGCACUGCUCAUGCCUCUUCAGCACUGAAGAGGCGAACACUGCCUGUAAUCAUGAUGGUGGGUAUUGAUCUAAACUGGGCCCUGGUGUAAUAAAAUUUCUGCAUUACUUCGUUCUGCACAGAUUUAUAAACUCAAUAUUAUGCAUAGCCAAAUAAGUAUAUUUUUUGUCGUACCAGAAAAAUAAUAUCUGUUUUAGAGUCCUUUCCCCCAUUCUUUAUUUUUCAACCAAUUACAUAAAACUUGAAAUAUAAUUAUUUUUUGGUAUUCAGAGGCCCCUCAAAAUUAGAGGCCUUACACGGUAGCUUAUUUAGCUUGUGCCUAAAUCCAGCACUGCCGCCCCAUGUUCACUGAGCCAGCUGGGACAUAUCUUCUGAACCAGAAGUAUGUAAAAGGUGGUUUCUAUAUCUGUAAAAUAAAAUAUAUAUCCUGCAAAGAUGUCAUUUUGAACUAGUUCUAGAUAUGAUAAAAUUUCUCAAUUUGAAAAAGUUGACCAGAAAUAAACUGCAUCCCUACACACACAUAAACACAGUGAAAACUUUGAGAUUAUAACUUGUAUUAUGCUUUUAGCGCUGUAUGUUUUGUAUGUUGCAUUUUUUAUUCCCCCCUCCCAUGUUUUAGCUCUUUGAAGACUGUGAAUUUCAGGUUUGCUGUAUUAUUAACCCUUUAAAAAUAAAGCUUUCAUUACUGCA